AUCGGAGCGCGACAAAGAGCGAGCGAAUGCUGGAUACACUACUGUUCAUCGUCCAGAUAGGUUCAAAGACUCUCCCCAAGAAGAUGGGGGCGCCGCCGCUCACGCAUGGCGCGCCACGGAAGCCGCUGGAGCGGACGAUUCCCCCACGCGGCGCCCAUGCGCCUCGCCCGCGCGUCGUCGCGUCACGCAACGCGGGCACGAUCCAAUUCGCCCGCGCGGAUUGUCGCCAGCCAGCUUCUUUGACCUGACCUACUUCCUCCCUCCCUCCCUCCCUCCACGCCUCCGCUGCGAGGGAGACAAAGGCGGGAUCUUUUCCGGGAACGGCCAAGGUGGCGGUGGCCUGACGGGUAGAGACGAGCUUCUCCUUUGAAAGGCAAAAGAUUAAAACAUCACAAGUGAUGCUCUUUGUCAUUUUCACCGUGGAGCACACAUGGAGGACUAUUUUUCACGCUUCCUAGACCUUGCCUGGCAGUUACGGCACCAAUUGGCACAAUUAAUAGAACAUGUGUUUCGAUACAUUGAUUGGAUUCCACAACAUCAUGAAUUCCAAUUCUCUCAUUGCUAUAAAAGAUCAUUGCCUACCACCGAAAGAUACAUUCAUGGAGAGGAUUCCUUGCUGCCCGUUGGUAAUUUUAAAAAAGACCAGCCCCCGAAUGGACUAUCUGAAACCAUUGUUGUCAGAAAAUCCCUGUCCAGUAUUUGGCAAAGAUCAUAUGGCAGGUUUCCCUGUUUUUUGCAUGGCUUCAGAUUGGGACAACAGUUGGCAUUCCAUUUGCGAAAACUGUGCAGUGCUGUUGCAAGCGAGAUUCAUGUUAAACUAGCCAGGUUGUUACAUCGUUUCUGGACAACAUUGCAGGGAUCUUCAAAAGAUAUAGGAUGGCUACAAAGAACAAAAGCACUGCCUUGUCCAGUUGAUGGUACAAAUCGUUUCAAGGAGCUUUUGCAUAGCAUCAGAAGUGGCAUGCAUCAUCUGCCUAACACACUGGUUUACUUAUUUAUCCCCGGACUUUUUAGUAAUCACAGUCCACUUUACUUUGUCAAUACUAAAAGAAUCUUUUCGAAGAUGGGGCUUACUUGCCAUAUUGCAAGGAUUCAUAGUGAGGCAUCAGUGGAGAAAAAUGCACGAGAACUGAAAUUAUACAUAGAAGAACUAUACUGGGGUUCUGGUAAACAGGUGUUGCUCCUCGGCCAUAGCAAAGGAGGAGUUGAUGCAGCUGCGGCGCUUUCGUUGUACUGGUCUGAGCUCAAGGGCAAGGUUGCCGGACUGGCAUUGGUUCAGAGCCCGUAUGGUGGCACCCCGGUAGCUUCUGACAUACUUCGGGAGGGCCAGAUUGCUGACAAGGAGACAAGGAGGAUCAUGGAACUCAUAAUAUGCAAACUUAUCAAGGGUGAUAUAAGGGCCUUGGAGGAUCUCACGUAUGACAAGAGAAGGGACUUCAUUUCCAAGCACAAGCUCCCCGUCGACGAGCUGCCGAUCAUCUCCUUCCACACCGAGGCCAGCACCGCCCCGACGAUGCUCGCGACGCUGUCGCGCGUCGCCCAAGCCGAGCUCUUCCCAUGGCUCCCACUGCCGCGGUUCUUGUCCGCGUCCGAGUACGCCGAAUCACUGCUCGCUUCGCUGAAGCUCCCCGUGGUGGUGCCGGCGUCGGCGGCCAUGGCCGUCAGCGCGCUCCACCUGAGGCUGCGCUACGGCGAGAGGAGCGACGGGCUGGUGACGCGGCGCGACGCCGAGGUGCCCGGGUCGGUGGUGGUGCGGCCGGAGAGGAGGCUGGACCACGCGUGGAUGGUGCACUCCACGCUGAGGAAGGAUCGCGCCGAGGCCGAUGCCACUCAGAUGUGUGAGGCUCUGAUGGCCAUGCUCGUCGAGAUUGGGAGGAAGAAAUGCUGCUGAUCAUCCUCUGCAUCGGCGUGGCCUGCUUCAGAAUUUCUCAGUUAACUUCAAGUUUGAUCUUGAACUUACCACCCAAAAUUCCGAAUGUUCCUUUUGUUUUUGAGCAACGAACUUGCGAUCCAGUGUCUUGAUCAUAGGUAAAUGUUACAGGACAUAGUGAGAAAUAUGUAAUGAUUCUCACCUUGAUGAACCAAUUGCAUUGCUCUUUACUUCUUUUAUUCAUCUGGAUCAUGCGUUCCACUUUAAAAUGACUGUAGCGAGGUUAGGGAUUUAGUGUUUGUCGUGUGUGGAUGUAUAUCUGCCUUAUG